AGUACAGUGUCCGGGGACUAUGACACUUGUUUGACGACCGUUUCUAUUUUGCCUAUUGCUGCAUGUCAUACAAAUUACAUUAAAUCUCAGAAAUUGGGCGAUGAAACCAAUUAUUUUUAGUCAAAAAUUAGCGUUACAAAUACUCUCUUUAUCAUCUACUUUGCUGCACAUUUUGUUUUCUUGAAUUUUCGGUUUUUGAUUUGAUUACUGUGUUUCAGUUAACUUGUUAAUCAUGAGAUGGGAAAGGGUGUCUGUACAUGGAGGUGGUGGGCCUGGUAAAAAGUGGGGACACACCUGUAGCGCUGUCGUAGGAGGUAGACUUCUCUAUGUCUUUGGUGGUUUUGGUGAUGAUAACAGGCAUACUAAUAAAGUUCACGUCUUUGACAAUGUUAAUAGAAUUUGGAGUGAGCCAGUGACAAAGGGAACUUUGCCUUCACCAAGGGACAGCCACAGUUGUACAGCAGUUGGAGAUAAUUUGUUUGUGUUCGGGGGCACAAAUGGGACAAAUUCUCUUAACGAUUUAUACAUUUUGGACACCUCUUCGAAUACAUGGAUAGCACCCAGUCUAAGAGGUGAUCCCCCUAAUCCAAGGGAAGGCCACAGUGCAGCACUCAUUGGUAAACGGCUUUUCAUAUUUGGCGGAUGUGGCAACAUUGAUGGCACUGAAAUAUUCUAUGAUGACGUUUACGUACUGAAUACAGAGACACUUAUGUGGAAACGCAUUAUGCCAUCAGGCAUUCCGCCAAGUAAACGCGAGAGCCAUUCCUGUUCAUCUUGGAACAAUAAGAUCAUUAUCAUAGGUGGUCAAGACACAUCUAGCUUUUAUCAGUCAGAUGUUCAUAUACUUGACACAGAUACCCUGAGCUGGUCCAAGUUGAACACUAAGGGCCAGAUUUUGCCACCGCGAGCUGGGCAUACAACCAUUUCAUUGGGCAGGCACCUGUUUGUCUUUGGGGGUUUCGCUGAUAACCAGAGCCUAUUUGACGACGUUUACGUGCUUGAUGUUGCUUCUGGUACAUGGAGUGAGGUCGAGCUCACUGGUGAGGGCCCAUCCCCCAGAUUCUCAGUAGCUGGGGAUUGUUUAGAUCCACAUGUGGGAGGUACUCUUGUAUUGAUAGGUGGUUGUAAUAACACACUUCAACCCUUGGAGGACAUGUAUUAUCUACAAACAGGCAUUGUUAGAGAGGAUGAACGAGACGAAAGAAGGAUAGCGAAAUUGUCUUUGAGAAAGCAAUUGAAGCUGAAAUGCCAGAAGCAACAAGCUUCAGCUUCUCCCGGCGAUAAUUCUUUUGAACGAUUUGAUAAUAACGCUAAUGUUCAUCAUCAAAUGCCUGUGAACUAUACACAGCCAAGUCGACAUAAUGUUUAUUCAAAUGAAUACCAGACUCCUCUGAGGACGAAGACAUUUCAAGCCAUGGUCACAAAGAGUUUUCCAAAUGGCUAUACCGUUGAAACUGUUAUUGAUGGAAAACCCCUUCGUGGAUUAGUAUUUUCCUCCAAACCAAGACCUGAACAGACUCCCUGUAAUGAUCCUAUCAGGAAUAUGGGAAAUGGUGAAACUGAUAGAGAAAAGCAGAAUGGCGACCAUAAUUCUGUUAGAGAAGCUACAAGACCUUCAGAAACCAAUGUGAGCGACUUCCAGCAAGCAGAUAUCUUAGGUGGGAAUUCUAUCAGAAAUGAGCCUCCAGUUGGAGGUGCUACAGCUCAAAUGGAGAGUCCGUUGACCUCUUAUGCUCCACCUGCCCAUGAGGUUCGUAAUGUGUCCGAUGUUGUGAAUUUGGGAAGUGGUAUGCUUACUGAUGCAGUCGAUGGUGGUACUAAGGUGUCUAAGGAGAAUUCUUCUGCAACUAAUGACUCUUGAAUCCUUUAUUUAAGAAUCAAACAGCUUGGAAAAAGAUUUUCUCAAUCAAAUUAUUUGAGAUAAGAAUCAAUGUAACACCGAUUAGCCUUGUGCAAUUUUAUGGAGAUGGCGGAGGGAAUUAAUUCACUUCAUCUCUACAGUCUGCUUGAGGAUAUUAUAGUUUCAUUUUCCUUAGGUUUGAUAUUUCUGGGUAAAGAUUCCCAAUGAAUUUAUAUGAAAAAAAAAAAAUCAUAUCGACUGCGGUGUUGUGGUCACCAGCUUAGCUAAUAGUAGAAGCUUUAGUGAAAUUCAAGGAGACAACUUUACUAAUCACCUGUUAAACUGUUUUUAAUUAACUAUGAAGUGCUUAUCUGCCUCCCUA